AGCUGUACGUUUAAUUUAAUAAGAAUAAGAUGCAUUUAGGAAUCACAAGAAAAUAUGAAAUCGUACUUACAAUCGAGUAUGAAUUAGAUUGAAAGUGAAAUUUGUGAAUUAGAAAAAGUAAACUAAAAUUUCUUAAUAAAAAUUCAGUAAAAAUUAAGCAAAAAGAUUAAAUAUACUACAAAGCCAUCCGUAAAAGUAAUUUACUAACAAUUGUCAACCAAUAAGCAGAGUACUAUUUAAUCAGUUGUAUUCAUACAAUAUCUUUACUAAUUCGAUUUAUUUUGUAUUUAAAACGCUAUUGUUUUAAGUUUAUUGUAAAGGUUUUUUAAUCAAAUAAACACUAGUGUACAAAUUUAACAUGGAAUGUAAUGAGAUGGAAUUCUUCUCGCAAAAUGAUUACACUUCAAGUAUUGCAUCAAGUGGAAGAUAUCGCGAAGAAAUUAUUUCGUCAGAAGAACAAUUAUUAUUACAAUUUUUGCAAAAAGGGAUGUUAGAAACAAGUGAAGAAAAUAUAGCUUUUGGAAAGAAAAUAUUAUCAUUAUUGAAUAAAUUAAACUUGGAACCACAAUCUUUACCCAGUGACAUCAAAGAAGGAUUACAGAAAGUAGCCUUACUUUUAAAAUGUGAAAAGUUAUAUGAUUUUGAUAUUGUUACUCUGAAUAUAGUAAAUGAAAGGAAGAAAAUAGAGGAAACAAAAAGACAACAUGAAGAAAAACAAUUAGCAUUAUUGUAUAACGAUCUUUCUAGAAAAUAUACUAAUUUUUCAAAAAAACUUGAUUGUUUGCAAGAGGCAUUAAACUCUCUUGAAAACUUUAUUGAGAAUUCUCAGAAAGAGCAAACAGAUAUUCACUGCAAUCACAUUUCAUUAUUUACAAAAUUAAGUGAAUAUCAGCAGACUGCAGAAAAGUUAGAAACUGACUUAAUAGAAAUGCAAAUUGAAGAUCUUUACCCCCAAAAAAUAUUAAAUAAAUACUAUAAAUAUUUAGAAAUGUCAGGUGAAUUAGCAGAACUUAAUCAAUAUCUUAGUCAAUAUAAAGAUUUACCACCAAAUUUAUUACAAGCUAAAGCCCUACUUGAAGUUAAAAAGAAGGAAUAUGAAAGUUUGGAGAAUACAUUUUUAGAAAAAACAAAAUAAACAUAUAACAAUAUUAAUUAAUAUCUUGAUUUGUAACUAAUAUCAUAAUUUGUUAUUUUC